AGGUGAGGACGAAGGACGUGCGGGGCCAGUCCACGACGAUCGAGUUCCAGCGGGCCGUCAUCGACAACAUGGAUCUGCCGUAGCGGCGGCGGCAGCGGCCGUCCUGCCUCGCCGUCUGACUCUCUCCGCGCCGCGUGUAGAUCGCCUAGCAGACGUGGAUGGGGCGCUGUGACCGCCACGUCGGUAGAUGUAGGCCCCGAUGUGUGUGCCAGCGCGGUGGCUGCCGAUUGCUGCGUUACCACGGUGUCGUUCUGGCUGCGAGGAGAAAUCAGGGCGUCUGGACCGGAGUGAUAAGGUUGUGGAGCGCGUUUCUCGCCGGCCGCGACCGUGCGGAUUGCGUCGUUGUUGGCCAUUCUGAGCUGCGCCGUUUUCACGUGCAAUAGUCCGAACGGGUCGUGUGAUUCUCUGCAGGACGCUUCAGGAAGGCUUAGUUUUCUCUGGCUUCAGGCUUAGGAAGGUUAGUGGUGCUCUUCUGACAAUAUGCAACGACGAUUGCUACAACAGUUUCACGCUUGGUGAAUCGCUGUCCGCUCCCACGCCGACUCCGAUUUCACCUACCUCAGUUGUUUUAUCUUGGUAAAUGUCAUGCCAUCAGCCCCUACUACUUUGUAAUCCGUCAAAGCGAGCUAGGGAUAGUCUUAAAUGCCACCUUAUAUUCUACCAGAGCUCACUUGAUGUUAAGUGGUCGCUGACUGAUGACUUGUCCAAUGCGUAUCUCGUUUCCAUUGUUGUUUUAUUUUAAUGUCACACUCGUGUGUGGUCGAUCACCCAGCACGCAGCGAGCGGCAAAGACAUACCCAGAUUCUCAUCUCAGUAUUGAAAUCGUUCCGCCCCAAUUUGAGGGAGUUGUACUGCUAUUUAUUGUCUGACGAUACGUCGCCCGCGACCGGCCGGCCGUGCCCCGACCUCGCCGGUCGUCGCGUGUUGUUACGGAGCGCACUGAUGAGAGCCGAACGCUGUGGCCGAGUGUUGAAUAUACGUGCUCGUGCCGAG